UUGAAAGAGAAAAAAAAAAGGCCCGCGCGCGAGCACCGCGGCCGACAGCAUCUUCAGGCCUGUCUACGCUGACCACGCCUCCCCGCGGCGAUGCAUUGUGGGAAGAGAGAGGCUCAGGCAAAUAUGGCGGAUGCUGUAGAGCCGGAGAAGAAAAGAAGGCGGAUAGAAGAGCUGUGUGACAAAAUGGCUGUGGAUGUUGGGUGUGGGGAGACUGGAGACUGGGAAGGUCGCUGGAACCAUGUUAAGAAGUUCCUCGAGCGAUCAGGACCUUUCACACACCCCGAGUUCGAACCAAGCAACGAAUCUCUACAGUUUCUCUUAGAAACCUGUAAAAUACUGGUUGUUGGAGCUGGGGGAUUGGGGUGUGAACUUCUUAAAAAUCUGGCCCUGUCAGGAUUUCGGCAGAUUCAUGUCAUUGACAUGGACACCAUAGAUGUUUCGAAUUUAAAUAGACAGUUUUUAUUCCGGCCCAAAGAUGUUGGGAGACCCAAAGCCGAGGUGGCGGCUGAAUUUAUAAACAGCAGAAUACCGGACUGUUGUGUCACACCACAUUAUAAGAAGAUUCAAGAUUAUGAUGAAUCCUUUUACAGAGAGUUCCAUAUCAUAGUGUGUGGUCUGGAUUCCAUUAUUGCCAGGCGCUGGUUGAAUGGGAUGCUGAUGUCUCUUCUGAACUAUGAAGAUGGAGUGUUGCAACAAAGUUCGGUUAUUCCUCUAAUUGAUGGUGGUACAGAAGGCUUUAAAGGAAAUGCCCGGGUUAUCUUACCAGGAAUGACGGCCUGUGUGGAGUGUACUCUUGAACUGUACCCCCCACAGAUUAAUUUCCCCAUGUGUACAAUAGCUUCAAUGCCCCGAUUACCAGAGCACUGUAUAGAAUAUGUUCGGAUAUUGCAGUGGCCAAAGGAACAGCCUUUUGGAGAGGGUGUACAGCUAGAUGGAGAUGACCCUGAACAUAUUCAGUGGAUUUUUAAAAAUUCUUUGGAGAGAGCGGCACAAUAUAACAUUAGAGGCGUAACAUACAGACUUACUCAGGGUGUUGUGAAAAGAAUCAUCCCUGCCGUAGCAUCUACAAAUGCAGUAAUCGCAGCUGCCUGUGCCACCGAAGUAUUCAAGAUAGCUACGAGUGCGUAUACUCCGCUGAAUAACUACCUGGUUUUCAAUGAUGUGGACGGAUUGUACACAUACACCUUUGAAGCAGAAAGAAAGGAGAACUGCCCAGCCUGCAGCCAACUCCCUCAGGAAAUCCAGUUUCCCUCUUCUGCUAAACUCCAAGAAGUUUUGGAUUACUUAAUAAAUGACACGUCAUUACAAAUGAAGUCUCCUGCCAUCACUGCAACUCAUGAUGGGAAGAAUAAGACCCUAUAUUUACAGACUGUAGCGUCUAUAGAAGAACGAACAAGACCUAAUCUGUGUAAGACUUUAAAAGAGCUUGGCCUCGUCGAUGGACAAGAGCUUGCUGUUGCUGAUGUUACCACACCGCAGACUCUGCUGUUCAAGCUUCAUUUUACAACUUAGCCAGACAGACCUACGCUGUGAUCCAAGUGGCCACUUUUAGUUAUUAAAUUAUAAGAAUUGUGCAGUAAAUUAUACUGAUAUGCACUGGGAUGGAGGGCAGAGUUGGUAACAGAUCGGCACCAUGAUGGUGUAUGGUUUUCUAAUUGCCUUCCAUCCAUAUGGUAAUUUAAAAUGCUCAUGUAACAUAGUCCCCAUUAAGCAAUUAUUUAUUAAAGGGGAAAAAACACAGAUUUUAAAGAUGACCCAGGAGCAUUUUAAAUCUACUUUUAGGAAAAUCCACCAUGUACAGUGUUCUGUUGGUCUGAUAACUGCUGUGUACUGUAUAAAGCCAUUUAUGUUUUAUGUAUGUCCUUUUCUUAUGACAAAACAUGCAAAGUGUUUUGUAGGAGACUUGUAAACAAUGUAAUUAGGCAGAAUAAAACCCUCUUUACCUUG